CAGCCAGAGCUGGUGGCUGUUUCAAAGGGAACGCAGCCUCUGCGGAGACAUGUAGAUUGGCAGAGCUACAAAUGUUGUUAGAGAAGAGAUUCCGGCCGGUAAAAGAGCGCUUGUGGAGAGUUACCAAAACCUGACCAGAGUAGCGGACUACUGCGAAAACAAUUAUGUUCCAGGCCCAGGAUAAGAGGAAAGCUCUGGAGGAGACCAAAGCCUACACCACCCAGUCCCUGGCCAGCGUGGCCUACCAGAUCAAUGCCUUAGCCAACAAUGUACUGCAGCUGCUGGACAUCCAGGCCUCACAGCUGCGGCGCAUGGAGUCCUCCAUCAACCACAUCUCCCAGACUGUGGACAUCCACAAAGAGAAGGUGGCCAGGCGAGAGAUUGGGAUCCUUACCACCAACAAGAACACGUCCAGGACUCAUAAGAUCAUAGCGCCGGCUAACCUAGAGCGUCCGGUCAGGUACAUCAGGAAGCCUAUUGACUACACCGUAUUGGAUGAUGUUGGCCAUGGUGUUAAGUGGCUAAAAGCUAAGCAACAUGGAAACAAUCAGUCAAUCAGAGGAGGAACACUAUCGAGGACCAAUCCGCCGACGCAGAAGCCACCGAGUCCUCCCAUGUCGGGGCGCGGCACGCUUGGGCGCAAUGCGUCGUACAAGACCCUGGAGCCAGUGAAACCACCCACAGUACCCAACGAUUACAUGACGAGCCCCGCCCGGCUCGGCAGCCAGCACAGCCCGGGACGUACCGCGUCCCUCAACCAGAGGCAACGUACGCACAGUGGAAGCAGCGCUGGUAGCGGCAGCAGGGAAAACAGUGGCAGCAGUGGUAUUGGCAUUCCCAUCGCCGUGCCUACACCUUCCAUACCAAACUCUGGUCCAGUCCCACUUAUGUCCGCUCCGCUGGGGGCCCCUCCACCUCCUCCCCCACCUCCUCUACCUCCACCUGCUCCUUCUCUGGCCGGGCUCGGCCCCCCACUGCCACCACUUAUAGCGGUGGCCCCUGGACCUGGUCUAGGCCCCGCUCCAGUGUCCCAGUUUGGAACCAUGUCGCGGCAGAUUUCACGGCACAACCCUUCCAACUCAUCUGUCUCUAUGGUUUCGGCCACGGGCACCUACCGCCGGGCGCCUUCUGUCAGUUCCCAGUUCUCCUUGCAGCAGCAGCAGCCUCAUAUUAACGGAGGCACUCCUGGUUACAGCCAGAACUCAAUGUCUGUUGCUCCUCCUCCUCCUCCCAUGCCCCAGCUGACUCCACAGAUCCCUCUGACUGGCUUUGUGGCCAGGAUGCAGGAGAGCAUUGCAGAUACUCCGACUCCACCUCCCCCUCCGCCUCCGGAUGACAUGCCCAUGUUUGAUGACAGUCCUCCCCCUCCGCCACCUCCCCCAGUGGAUUAUGAAGAGGAGGAUGCCGCUGUUGUGCACUAUAGUGACCCUUAUGCCGAUGGAGACCCGCAGUGGGCACCCAAGAACUACAUUGAAAAAGUGGUUGCCAUCUACGACUACACCAAGGACAAAGACGACGAGUUGACUUUCAUGGAGGGGGCAAUCAUUUAUGUUGUUAAGAAGAACGACGACGGCUGGUUUGAAGGCGUCUGCAGUGGCGUGACCGGCCUGUUCCCCGGCAACUAUGUGGAGAGCAUCAUGCACUACGCCGACUGAAGGGACCUCGUGGUAACAGUACCUUCUAUUUAUUCAGUCGCAUCAAAACCACUGAGACCGAUGAAAGCAAUCCGACUCCUGAGACUCACAUAAGAAAAAACAAAACAAAUGUUGAUAUGACAAUGUUUUCUCAUAUGGUUCAGAAAUAAAAAGGUGAUUAGUUUAUUUUGGUGUUUUAAGGGCAGUUGGGGGACAUUCUUGGAAUACGUAAAAAAUAAAUUUGUAAAGAAUUGAACUGCACACACGCCCAUGUGCUAAACUCGAACAUGACUGUCAUGUACCUGAAGGACGCCGGGAUGAAGAUUCUAAACAAAGUUGAAAUCAGCAUGUUGUUGAUCUUUGUGAACAGGCGUGUUAGAUUUUUUUAGGAAGAAAACAUGUUAACAUUAUGCGCACCUUCAGUUGAAGUGUUUGUACGGGCAGUUGUGUACAUAACACGAGCUGCACUUGGUUGGGUUUGUGUAAAAAUCAGUGAAUGCCGACGAUGUGGUAGUUUUCAUCCUCUGUAAGUCCAGAAAGUGCUGUGGAUGACUUGUUAAUAUCCCACAUCAAAAAGAAGCAGUUACUCCUGAAAGUCUCGGCAUUUAAGCAUGUAAAAAAUAAUUUUUUUUAAAGAAAUAAAUUGUAGCAUUAAUGUUAUCGCCAUUGUAUUGCAAAUAUAUAUACUUCUUAAAAAAAGCCUACACUGCUGAAAUUACUACAUUUGUUUAGACUUCCCCAAUCUUAUUUUCUAAUAUACAUUAAAAUGAAUU